UUUUAAUUAAUCCCCAUUUUGGAUGAUUUAACGUGUGAGAACUAGCUAGAAUGAUGACAAUGAAUGUGUUUUUUGGGGGUCCAAAACAACGCAAAAGUCACUCACGUUUGCCUUUUAUGACAGCAAAACCCUGCCGAGAGGAAAGGGGCCUCGGUGGGAGUUUGGGGAUGAUGAGCGGACGUGGUGAGGUUUCCCGCGGAAAACGGUACGACGCCCCGCUGAGUUUGCCGGAGUGAAAGCCGCGAUGUCGCCCGCGCUCGGGCUCGCUCUCUGGGCUCUUCUUCUUCUUCUUCUUCUUUGCAGCGUUCUUCGUGCGACCGCACUGGUGGACUCCGACGAUGUCAUCACGCGUGACGAGCAGAUCUUCGUGCUGAUUGGCGCGCACGCCAAGUGCGAAAAGAGCAUCAAGUCGCAAAUGGCCCUCGUCCAAGAAGGCGACUGCCUGCCCGAGUGGGACGGGAUCAUCUGCUGGCCCAGGAGCGGGUCCGGCCAACUGGUGUCAGUCCUGUGCCCCGAGUACAUCUACGACUUCAACCACGCCGGUCGGGCUUACCGCCACUGCGACGCGUCGGGUCACUGGGAGCGGGUGUCCGUCAUCAACCGGACGUGGGCAAACUACAGCGAGUGCACCGCCUACUUGUCGGCCAGUUACAGAACCCAAGAAGAGAAGGUGUUUGAACGCCUGCACCUGAUGUACACCGUCGGAUACUCCAUCUCCCUGGCGUCUCUCCUGGUGGCCGUCUUCAUCCUCUGCUACUUCAAGCGCCUCCACUGCACACGCAACUACAUCCACGUGCACCUGUUCACCUCCUUCAUAUGCCGGGCGGUCAGCAUCUUCGUGAAGGACGCCGUGCUCUACUCGGCGUCGGCCGACGCCGGCGAAGGGGAAGCCGCGCUUGCGGGACCCAAGCGGCACAUGGCCGGCUGCAAAGCGGCCGUCACGUUUUUCCUGUACUUCCUGGCGACCAAUCAUUACUGGAUCUUGGUGGAGGGCCUUUAUCUGCACAGCCUCAUCUUCAUGGCCUUCCUCUCCGACAAGAACUACCUGUGGGCGCUCACCGUCAUGGGCUGGGGCGUUCCCGCUUUGUUUGUGUCCAUUUGGGUCAGCGUGCGGGCGUCGCUGGCAAACACGCAAUGUUGGGACAUCAGUGCCGGGAACCUGAAGUGGAUUUACCAAGUUCCCAUUCUGGCGGCCAUUGUUGUGAAUUUCCUGCUCUUUGUCAACAUCAUACGCGUGUUGGCCUCCAAAUUAUGGGAGACCAAAACCGGGAAACUGGAUCCUCGGCAACAAUACCGAAAGCUCCUCAAGUCCACACUGGUGCUCAUGCCCCUGUUCGGGGUCCACUACAUGGUCUUCAUGGCGCUGCCUUACACCGAAGUAUCCGGGCUGCUGUGGCAGGUGCAGAUGCACUACGAGAUGUUCUUCAACUCAUCGCAGGGCUUUUUCGUGGCUUUCAUCUACUGCUUCUGCAACGGCGAGGUGCAGGCGGAGAUGAAGAAGGCGUGGCUGAGGAGAAGCCUCGCACUGGACCUGAAACAAAAAGCCAGGAUCACCAGCAGCAACGGCGGGGGCAGCUGCUACUACGGCGGCAUGAUGUCCCACGCCACCACCACGCACAGCGUCUGCACGUCCGCCGCCAAUCACCGGGCGUUCCCCCUCGCCGGAGGGGUGGUCGGCUACGGCAGCGGCGGAGCGGGGCUCAGGCCGCCCCGCCAGGCCGCCCUCCAUCCUCAAAGCGCUCUGCCGAGAUACACGGCCGGCGAAUGUGAGGCGAGGAGGCCGGGAGGGGCCGGGACCGGGGGCGUCUUUGCGAGGCAUGCGAGAGGUAGCAAGAAACACGAUGAUGCUAAAGGUUCUCCGGCAGAGGCGCCCGCAGAAGGUGAUCCAGACACUUCUUUGUCUGUAAAAGAGCUCGAAACUGUCUUGUAAAUAUUUGAAUAUCGUUUGGUCAACUUCUUACUUGACGGACAGAGAACAUAGAUACCACCUGCACAAUUUAAUAACAACUCAUACGUCGUUGCUUUGAGAUACAAGUGUCCGGACUAUUAAGUAUUUCUAGAUACAAGCUGUCGUUCAGAUGAUUUGUAUGGCGCCAGUGAAUGCAACUCAAAUCCAAAAGUGAGCAUGUAGCUUUGCUCGAGUCCACUUAGCUUCACGCUAACUUCGCAACAUUCCUUGACGUCCGCAAUCCGCGGCUCAUUGUACUGCGACUUACUGAACAACUGUGACCGUCACCUUCUACGUGAUACUCCCCCCUGGGGGGGGUGGCAAGAAGCGCACACACCAGAAGGAGCAACACAAUGUCCGUUGAACUGAAGCAUAAAAAUAUGAGAAAAAAAAAUAGUUCUUUGCAUUCUAUUUAAUUAUUUAACUACUGUACGUUUUUAUAAAGUGUAAGAGUCAUAGAGUUAUACAUUUCUUUUAUGGAACAGACUAUCGUCAUUUCCAUUCACGUCAAUGGGGAAAGAUGAUUUAAGUGGAAUGGCAGAUGAGUGAGUGGAUCAAUUAUUACAAAACCUCAACUUGGAUUGACAUUUUAUUUUUGUUAUCCAUCCAAUUUGUUGUGACUAAAGGUACUCCUUGUCCUGUCUUGAUGGAUUGUGCAUACGUUUGUCAUGACGUGGACAUUUUCUCUCAUAUCUGCCGCUUGGCCGCUCAUUUGAAGCAAGUCGUUGAGCUUUGGUGAGGUGCACUUACCUGUG